UACUAUUAUACAGUGUGAUCCGUAUAACUAUGAACCCAAUGAACCGCCUACCUAGACAGCAUUUUAAGGAUAGGCACAGCUGACUCACGACAUGCCACAACCUGUGAGUCUGACACCCAAAAUGCUGUAUAUAGCGCAGUUUGGGUGCAUUGACUACACAUUCCACACAUACACUCACACAUUCUGGUUUUUAUGUUUUGUGGGGACAUUUCAUAGACGUAAUUGUUUUUAUACUACAGUACAAACUGUAUAUUCUAUUCCCUUCCCCAAACCCUAACCAUCACAGAAAACUUUCUUAUACUUCAGAUUUUGAAGAAACAUCAUUCUGUUUGAUUUAUAAGCUUGUUUCCUCAUGGGGACCUCAAAAAGUUCCCACAAGGUCAAAAAUGUACUGGUAUUCCUAUCUCAAAAGUCCCAACAACGUGAUAAUUACCAGGCACACACUAGUAUAAUUGUAUUGUGCCGUAGCCUGUAGUAUAUACUGUCGUCCUAGAUAAUUGCAUUUGAACCUCACAAUAGUCAGUUGUAAAGUAUAAAAUAGUCACUAAAACAGCUGAAGUAUACUAUAGUAUUGUACUGUUUACUAUAGUAUUUUUAUGGGGUUGAUAACAGUUGACUUAUGAGGGUAAUUUAAUGAGGUAGAUAAAUAUUGAUGUUUACCAUAACAGAUCUAAUCAAUGACAGUGCUUUGAAAAGCUUACUAUAGGUCUUUAAUUAUAAAUGAUUAAUAGCCUACUUUAAAUGUAUCAUUAUGUGCUCAGACAUCCAUCUUCAUGUACUCAUACAUUAUUUUCCACCUCCAAGUACUGUUUGUUUUUGUUCAGUGCUAGGAUCUAUUUCAGUGUACUCUAAAGGUAACUUGAUAGUCUAGCUAAAGGUCACUGUUUCGCCCAGUCCCCAAAAGGUCGGCUCCCACACUGAAUAGGAAUUUGAUUCAUGUCUGAGUAGUGUCAUAUGUUCACUUGAACCGAGUUUGUGUUUUGAAAUGAAUCCUUUGCAUUCGUGCAGCUGCCUUUUAGAAUUAAAUAGAAAUGUUGAUGGUACUGUCUGUAAUUAGCUUGUUUUAUAAUCAGUUGUUUUAUAACAGCACAGUAUACUGUAAGGGCACAAUACUCUACUGUAAUCCAAUACACCAGAGAGAACUGAGUCUAUCUUAGUCUCCGAGGUCUCUUGCAGGUCUGCUCUUGCAAGGUGAUCCCACAUGAUCUGCAUGGGAAACCUUAAUGUUAUGUUAUAUUGACUGAAUAUUCAAGAAUAGGUUAUACGUGCAAGAAACUAGACUACAGUAUUAUGGGGGUUAAAAACGUUUGAUUUAGAUUUUAGAUUUCAUGUAUAUUUGAUCGCUGAUUCAUCAAGUCAUUUGCAAGCCAAAGGUUUAUUUUAGGAAAAGUACACACGCAGGUCAUUGUUCCUUUUAGCUGACUCCUACAUUUUUUUUCUUAUUUUAUUCGGAUGACAUGAGUUUAUUUAAUUAGAUUCCAGACUGAGACACGCUGUCCUCUUCCAUCUAUAGAUUAAGUUAGGGCCGAUCUGUUCUCUUCACUCACGUGGAUGUUCGCUGCAGACAUACAUCCGUCCCUUUAGUGAUUUUCAAAUGAGUCAUUGUUCAGAUGAAUACUAGGGGAAGGACAAACACACUGGUUUAUUCAGGAACGCCUUUGUGUAGCAACACUCACACAGAAACCCAGUCAUAUCCACAGUCCCCAGAAUCAUCGUAUAACUCAGAAUAGGGCGAUAGAGCUGAAUGGGUGGAUGCAGGCAUUUGUCUCUCUGUCACAUUAAGCUGUUUGGUAACUCAUUGACCUGACACACUGGACUGCCAUUGGAUACGUACUGGAUUUCUUUCUCAAAUAAAAAAAACGAAGAUUUUAUAAUUAGUUCACUGGCAUCUGAAAAAGAUUUUUUACCGGAAAAGGAUUUAAUAAGAGCGUGUCAGAUGGGCAACAGCAGCAGUAGCAGACUCCUCAGUACUGCAGCUCAGUCACUGGUAGACCCACACGUGGAUGCCGACGACGGUGAAUACGAGCAGACCGACCCAGACGCACUUUUACGUGAAUGCGAUGAGGUUUUGAGAAAUCGCCCUCCUCGACUGCACCGAGACUUUGUUAGGAUCAGAGCCAGCUCGUUGCAGAAUGAACCCGUUCGCAUCAUGCAGUGGAACAUUUUGGCUCAAGCUUUGGGCGAGGGUACAGACGGUUUUGUGCGUUGUCCGAUGGAAGCACUUAAUUGGUCCGAGAGGAAAUAUCUUAUAUUGGAAGAGAUCCUUACUUACAGACCGGAUGUGCUGUGCCUGCAGGAGGUUGACCACUACUUUGACACUUUCCAGCCUUUGUUAUCCAGCUUGGGCUAUCAGAGCAGCUUCUGCCCCAAACCAAGUUCUCCCUGUCUGGACGUCCACAACAACAACGGUCCAGAUGGAUGUGCUCUGUUUUACAACCGCCAACGUUUCCAGCUGCUCCACACCUCCCACCUCAGACUCUCCGCCAUGAUGCUUAAGACCAACCAGGUAGCGAUUGCAGCUACACUUCGCUGCAGGCUCACAGGCCAAGUGUUCUGCGUGGCCGUAACACAUCUAAAGGCACGCAGCGGAUGGGAGGCUUUCCGGAGCGCACAAGGGAAUCAUCUCCUCCAACAGCUCCGUAACAUCACCGCUCCGACAUAUCCACAGUCGGAACAGGAGGAAGGAAUACCACUAGUGGUAUGCGGAGAUUUUAACGCUGAUCCUAGCGAAGAAGUGUAUAGGCGAUUUAUGACGUCCCCACUGGGACUGGAAAGUGCUUACAAGUGUCUGAGUGAGGACGGGACCACAGAACCACCAUACACCAGUUGGAAGAUCCGGCCCAGUGGAGAGAGCUGCUCCACGCUGGAUUACAUCUGGUAUUCCGAAAGAGCAUUUCGUGUGGAUAGUGUGCUGAAGAUACCCAGUGAAGAGCAGAUUGGGCCAAACAGGCUUCCCUCUUACCAUUACCCCUCUGAUCAUCUGUCAUUGGUGUGUGACCUCAGCUUCAAUCAACAGCCUUAUAGGCUCAUGUAGCUGUCAAUCUUUAGUGUCAUUCAGUGCAGCUUAAGACAUUCCUAGUGCAUGUGUGGAUGUAUGUCUGAAUGGGAGCAUGCUUUACGUUUGUAUUAGAAUGUAACUUAUUUAAUACACAUAAAUCUUAUUUUAACCUGUUUAAUGCAUAUCUGAUGGACUGAUGUAAAUGCUUUUAAUUUUCCUUGAUGGAAAUUAAUUAUGCUCUUAUUAUUUGUUUUAAGGCGGUUGUGCAAUAAUCUGUAAUUUAUUAAGUGAACUAAAAGAUAUCAUGAUCUCAGGAAGACUCACAUGUGGAAAACAAUUUAUAUUUAUAUUGACUGUACAUUUCUUUCCUUUAAAAUACUGUAAUAUGUUUGCCAAUGACAUGUAAUAUAAAGUGUCAUGCUAUUUCAAA